AGGAAACUCGUCGGAUGUUUUAAUUACCUUAAUGGACGAUCAAAUCUAGACCAAAAAAACCCUGAAGAUCUAGGAAAAGCAGCAGUGAACUCUUCUCAGACAUCAUGGCCCAACAGAGAGGAGUAAACAGCCUUCAGUUCAACCAGGACCAGAGUUGUUUCUGCUGUGCAAUGGAAACAGGUGUUCGCAUUUACAACGUGGAACCUUUAAUGGAAAAGGGCCAUUUAGAUCACGAGCAGGUGGGCAGCAUUGCUCUGUGUUCAAUGCUUCAUCGAUCAAACCUCUUGGCCGUGGUGGGAGGCGGCAUCAACCCUAAAUUCUCCGAAAUCUCAGUAUUAAUUUGGGAUGAUGCUCGGGAAGUGCGAGACCCUAAGGACAAAUUAGUCCUUGAGUUCACGUUCACCAAACCAGUGCUGGCUGUGCGCAUGAGGCAUGACAAAAUCAUCAUUAUCCUAAAAAACAGGAUCUACGUCUAUAGUUUUCCCGACAAUCCUGUCAAGCUGUUUGAGUUUGACACUCGAGAUAACCCGAAAGGUUUGUGUGACCUGUGCCCUAGUUUGGAAAAGCAGUUGUUGGUUUUCCCCGGGCACAAAUGCGGCAGCCUGCAGUUAGUGGACCUUUCCAACACCAAACCUGGCACAUCGUCUGCUCCUUUCACUAUUAAUGCCCACCAGAGUGAAAUCGCCUGUCUGGCACUGAACCAGCCUGGCAGUGUGGUUGCGUCUGCAUCUAGAAAGGGCACUCUGAUCCGUCUGUUUGACACCACAACACGAGACAAGCUAGUGGAGCUGCGAAGAGGAACUGACCCUGCUACACUCUACUGUAUUAAUUUCAGCCAUGACUCAUCUUUUCUGUGUGCAUCGAGUGACAAAGGAACUGUGCACAUAUUUGCACUGAAAGACACCAAACUGAACCGACGUUCUGCUUUGGCGCGAGUAGGAAAGGUGGGUCCGGUCAUCGGGCAGUACGUGGACAGUCAGUGGUCUCUGGCUAAUUUCACGGUGCCGGCUGAGUGCGCUUGCAUCUGUGCCUUUGGGAAGAACACCUCCAAAAAUGUCAACUCUGUUAUUGCCAUAUGUGUUGAUGGGACAUUCCACAAGUACGUCUUCACCCCUGAUGGAAACUGCAACCGCGAGGCUUUCGACGUCUAUCUGGACAUUUGCGAUGAUGAUGAUUUCUGAAGCUGGAGAUUGAGCUGUAACUAAUGUAAAAUAGUAGCCUCUUCAACCGCUCGUUGUUCCUGAUGCUUAUUACUGUUAGAUUAUGUUACUGCCUUGUAUGAUUAAUUGUACAUAAAAUCUGCCAAUGAGUAAAUGUCUUGUGAACUUUUAUCUUAUCACUUCACAUGCAGGAGUUUCAAAGUCUGAUCGUUUACUUUUCCUUCAGAGAUACUUAACCUUUGAACACUUGAAUGAUUUCUCAUCAUUCUUUGUUCUGUCAAGGAAUAAGGUUCCUCGGCCUUUAAGGAGCUUUAUUUAUGAAUCAGUACAGCUUUUUGGGACUAAAUAUAUAGAACAGGA